AUGAAGCGGUUCAGCCAGAGAGUCCUCUCGAGGACGAAGGACAAGGAUUCCAAGUCCAAGAAGAAUAAGGAUGCGAAGGACGGAACAGCUUCCCCCAACUCCCAAGGCUCCCGCGAGGCCACCCAGUCGCCCGUUCUCACCCCUUCAUCGUCUACCUCAACACUUGUCAAUGACAACCGUAACAAGCCAUUGCCGCCUAACAACGCGGCCCAUGGCGACCACGGCAAUUCCAUGCUCGGUUCUCAAGGCGGCAGCUCGAACCCUGGCGUACCGGAUAGAUUCAGCAGUGUCGGGGGGCAGCAACAGAGUGCCAAUGGCGGCAGCACUCCUGUCCGUCACGGCACACUCCCUCCUACCGUCAUAAUUAGCCCCAGCGCGCCGCAUGUCCCACCUCCCGGCGCCGCGGAAACGAUGCCACACGACCUCGCUCCUCCAAAAGCCGGACAGAAAUCGCUUAUGUUCGAUCGUUUACACCAGACCCCCAAAGAUGUCCUGGAAGGACUCAGGACGCCAAAGAGGCAGAACUCGUCGCGGUUCGACAUCUCGGCCCAUCGCGAGCUCGAGAAGCUCCCGGGCUUCCACGAGGUGGCGCCCAACCACCGCCAGGAUUUGUUCAUGAAGAAGAUUGAGCAGUGCAACGUCAUCUUCGACUUCAAUGAUGCUAUCAUCACCGAGCCAAUGUAUCCGCGUGUGGUUGAAAUGUUUGCAAAGAACUUGUUCCGCCCGAUUCCUCCUCCCAUGAACCCGCAGGGUGAAGCUUUCGAUCCGGAGGAGGAUGAACCGGUCCUGGAGGUAGCAUGGCCGCAUAUCCAAGUUGUCUACGAGUUCUUCCUCCGGUUCAUUGAAAGUCAAGAUUUCAACACCAACAUUGCCAAGGCGUAUAUCGACCAUAGCUUCGUUCUUCAACUCCUCGAGCUCUUCGACUCCGAGGACCCCAGAGAACGGGAUUUCCUAAAGACGACAUUGCACCGAAUCUACGGCAAGUUCCUCAACCUGAGGUCUUUCAUCCGCCGCUCUAUCAACAACGUCUUCUUCCAGUUCACGUACGAAACCGAGAGAUUCAACGGUAUCGCCGAAUUGCUCGAGAUUCUUGGGUCCAUCAUCAACGGUUUUGCGCUCCCUCUCAAGGAGGAGCACAAGCUUUUCCUUACUAGAGUCUUGCUUCCUCUCCACAAGGUCAAGAGUUUGAGCAUGUACCACCCUCAAUUGGCGUACUGCAUUGUGCAGUUCCUCGAGAAGGAUGCUUCCUUGACAGAAGAGGUUGUUCUCGGACUCCUCCGUUAUUGGCCCAAGGUCAACAGCACCAAGGAGGUCAUGUUCCUCAACGAGGUCGAAGAUAUCUUCGAGGUCAUGGACCCGGCUGAGUUCGCCAAGGUCCAAGAGCCCCUGUUCCACCAGCUUGCCAAGUCGGUUGCCAGCCCGCACUUCCAGGUCGCCGAGAGAGCCUUAUACUUCUGGAACAAUGAGUACUUCUGCAACCUAGUGAGCGACAACGUUGAGAUCAUUCUCCCCAUCAUGUUCGCUCCUCUAUAUGAGAACUCGAAGGGACACUGGAAUAGAACCAUCCACGGCAUGGUAUAUAACGCCAUGAAGCUAUUUAUGGAGAUCAACCCGCAGCUGUUCGACGAUUGCUCCCACGAGUACACCGAAAACCAAAGCAACGCCCCCGCGAGAGAAGCCCACCGCCAGAGCAAAUGGGCUCGACUCGAAGAGCUUGCAAAGCAAAGGAAGGCACCAAGUGGAGAAACCAACGGCGCCGGCUCUCCUCCAGCUCGCAGCACCGUGAACCCGCUGCCUCGCCUAGAAGAAGUAGACGGUACGGAGGAUAAUUCAAAGAGGUUGGAUUCUUUGAAGUUGCAGGAUGGCGAUAGAAGAGAGCGACGGCCCGGGAUGCAUGAGAGGCAAAGCUCAGACAAGAAGAGCGCGGACAAUGAUGACAAGGAAACGGGACAAGCAGGCGGUAAGAAGGCGGCAGCACAACAGACAGACAGCACACAACUUUGGCACAUAGGUCUCAGGGACUUUAACCACCACUUUUAG